AAUAGAUGAUUAUAAUAAUUGAAAUGUGCCAAUUGUGGUGAUAAAUAAUUCGUAUAUAAACAGCAUUAAUAAUGCUAUAAUUAAUUAAAAAUUGUUAUUAAAAUGAAAUACUCUUAUACCGUGUUUGCGCUUUGUCUAAUAAACGGACUUGCUUCAACCUAUGCCUGGGAUGCGUGGGUCGAAAGCUCGGGCGACGCGCCGGUAAACUACACAAUCGCCGAAUACAAAGCGUUCAUUGCGGGCAAUCUCACGGCUACAGGCGCUCUACUGGUGGCGGCUGAGGCCCAGUAUGUCAAACACCAUCUGCAACCGGUGGCCGACUUCUACGUAGCCAUCAGUAAAUUGGGCGACAAAGAGAUACCCGACGAUUAUGUUAGAAUCGACAAACUCACCAACCACACUUUACAACUGGACACCUAUCGUAAGCUUACGGAGGGUGUUUGGCAGUUGUAUGCGACUGGUGUGAAACAGGCUAAAGAGAGGGCGGGUCACGAGCUUAAUGUGACCGAUACCGAGGUCAUUUUGGCUAAAGACCUGCAAACAUUGGUCACUGAUCUGAGUAAUUACCUUAUUCAAGCGGCCAAAAACGAGCGUGCUAAAGGCAAAGUGUUUUGGCCUGAGUUUCACGAUAGGGUGCGUGAAUUUCUAAAUGCCCAGGUUACUGUAUUCUAUGCCAGUGUAAAGAAAUUGACCACUACUGAUAUACGAGCCGCUAAUUAUCAACAACUAUAUAAUGAUUUACACCUACUGUUAGGGCAAUAAAUCACAAUUCUUUUAAGAUAUUUAUGUCGAAUAAAGAAUUUCAAUAAAAUGUAAA